AUAUUGUCAGUCGAAAUUGUUUUCUAGUGCGGUCGGUUGGUCGGCUUUCUUGGUUUCCUCCCCAGUGAUCCGGUCUGAUCUGCUCCACAUCGCUCUGGCCAAGUGGAUAACGCAUAUAGAUCCGUCCAUAUAGCUCCGAUAUUUGUGCACAUUUUCCAGCAUUCGGUAAUGGUGUUUUUCGUGUUUCACAAAUCGCUGUCAUGUGCCGGAGCCCGAGUCGGAAUCUGCUGACACAAACGGUGACCCAAUUCGAGGUGUUGACCACAUUUUACGAUUAGUGGCCAUAACGGCUGAGUGGUUUGUUUAUUUUGCUGUGCGACCGCACCAAAACGAUUCCAAAAAUGAUUGCAUAAUUUAGUCUCGCGAGACGCACAACAAAAAGUUCGGUUCCUAUUUCGUUUGUGAUUCCAAAUAUCUUGAGCUAAGUCGCCGCCAUGAAGAAACUGCAUCUGGGUGCCAAGCACAAGGGCAAGUCCUACAAGCCCUUCAGGAACAAGAAUCGGCGGGGUUCUGCCGACUCGAACUACUCACAACCGUCAUCCGAUCUGUCGCUAGACGAGGAAAAGGAAUCGCUUCGGCGAGAAAAGGAACGUCAGGCCUUAAGCCAGUUGGAUAAAGCGAGGAGCAAACCAGUGGCGUUCGCUGUGCGAACCAACGUAGCAUACGAUGGCACCAUUGACGACGACUCGCCCGUCCAGGGCGGAGCUGUUUCGUUCGAGAUCCGGGAGUUCCUGCACAUCAAAGAGAAGUACGACAAUAACUGGUGGAUCGGCCGGCUGGUCAAGGAGGGCUGUGAUGUGGGCUUCAUACCCAGCCCCGCUAAGCUAGACAACAUUCGCAUGCAGAACCAAACCAGACCCUCAAGACUGUAUGGCACAAAGGGCUCGUCGAGCGGGAAUCUUGGUGCGGGCGGACAAGCAGGUGCGGAGCCAUCUCGAGGUAGCACACCCCCCACACCUGGUGACGAAUCAGAUUCCAUGGGACCAGGACGACAUGGCAAGACUCCGCUGGCGACGCCGGCGAACAAGGAGAAGCGCAAGCCCUUCUUCAAGAAACAGGAGACGGCCAGUCCCUACGAUGUGGUGCCCUCGAUGCGACCCGUUGUCCUGGUGGGACCCAGCCUGAAAGGAUACGAGGUAACGGACAUGAUGCAGAAGGCCCUCUUCGACUUCCUCAAGCACCGCUUCGAAGGCAGGAUCAUCAUCACCCGGGUGAUGGCCGACAUUUCGCUGGCCAAGCGCUCCAUCAUGAACAAUCCCUCGAAGCGGGCCAUCAUGGAGCGCUCCUCCAGCCGGAGCGAUUGCCUCGGCAAGGUUCAGGAGGAGAUCGAGCGCAUCUUCGAGCUGGCCCGCUCCCUUCAGCUGGUCGUGCUCGAUUGUGAUACAAUCAAUCAUCCGUCACAACUAGCGAAAACUUCAUUAGCGCCAACAAUAGUGUACUUAAAGAUUAGCAGUAGUAAGGUUUUACAGCGUUUGAUCAAAUCACGCGGCAAGUCGCAGGCGAAAAACCUCUCCGUUCAAAUGGUUGCCGCCGAGAAGUUAGCCCAAUGUCCACCGGAUAUGUUCGAUGUAAUCCUAGAUGAAAACCAGCUGGAAGAUGCUUGUGAGCACAUUGCCGAGUACUUGGAGACUUACUGGAAGGCCACACAUCCGGAUAUACGAGCAGUGCCGCCCAUCGCCCGCCCCCUGCCUCAGGAGGCCUCGCCCUCCGCCGAUCCGACACGUCUGGGACCGACGCCACCAGUAGAUGGCGAGGAGUUUAUCGAUGAGCAGGAUCCCAGGAUGGGGAUGUCCGGCGGAGAACGUGAGGGUAGUCGAGAGAGGGACCGCGGGAGCAGGGAACGGGAGCGGGAAAGGGACAGGGAGCGAGACUACUGGGAUCGGGAGUUCAACCGGGAUCGCAGCUCCAAGGAGCGGGAAAGGGAUCUGGAGUGGGAGCGGGAGCGGGCUCGCGAGUGGGAGAGAGAGCGGGAACGAGAUUGGGAUAGAGAGUUCGAUUGGGACCAAGGAGGAACCUCUUACCAUCACAGCCGCCGUCAGCCGACCUCGGUGCGCCACCAGGAGCGAGGAGGUGGUGUGGGCGCCGGCGGCGGCUACGAACGGGACCGUGACCGAGAACGGGACCGCGAGCGGGAACGGGAAAGAGAGCGGGAGCGAGAGCGUUACGAGCGACGGGAACGGGACCUCAUGCACUACGACCUCAAUAGCGACGAGCUCCUGGACGAACGGAACUUCGAGUAUCCCGCCAUGCGCAGCGGUCCUAGCGGCGCCUCCCACCACGGCCACCUAUCCCGGGGUGGUCGGCUGCUGGACGACCAGGACUUCGAUCGCGAGGAGGCGCACCUCAGGAUGAGCAGCUCCCGCUAUGGCCCCUCGACGCGGAUCGACGACCCAAGAGACCUGCCGCGCGGCGCCACCGUUGUCGAUCGCGAUGAAUACAGUCCGCACAGAGGUGGUGGGAGUAGUAGGAGAAUGCUGAAUGCCAUGUCACGACCUCAGUCCCUGCCCAGGCAGUCGUCGCUGCCCACCACCACCACGACGAGCCGGCCCUCAAUGGCGUUCCUGCCGCGCCAGUACAGCCUGGACCCUCAGUGGCUGUCCUCUUCGUCGACUUCUGCCGGUCCUACCGCCAUGGGUCAGCCCCGAUCUCGGCGAGAGCUCUUCCCGUUGCGCCACCAGCCGCAGUCGUUUACCCAGACCCGGUCCCAUAGCCAGUAUAUGCCGGCACCGCGGUACGAUCCCCAGUCCCAUGGUCACGCCCCGUCCCAGUAUCGCUACACCGUGCAGGACACCUCCUUCGCCCACCCGCCACGUUCGCUGAGGGAGGAGUUCCUCAGCCCCACCAUGAGCAAGGUCGAGGCUGUCACGCACGCCAUUCGCAACAAGAUAAUCGUGGAGGAGGACGAGGAGGACAUCCUGAGCACGGAUCGGUUUUAUUAAAGAGAUUUCAGUCCGCCCCAGUCACCCCGCUUCGGUUCGGUUAGGAUGACUUUUUUUGGGGGGCAGGGCAGGUUAGCAAAAGCAAAUUGCAGCAGUGCCAAAACACAAACACACAUUUGUAAAUGUUCCAUUCGGUAGCCACUACACGAUACACACACGAGUACACUGACAAAAAAACACUCGGAGAAACACAGAGAGAUGUGAGCGUUGAAAGCCAGGAGAACCAGAAGCAGCCCAAUGCCAAGUGGGGCCUUAUGUGUCUUAAAUGCUAUAUAGCUAAGUGUAAUCAGAUUUUAUUUAAAUAAUGUGAAUUUAAAUUAAAUGGUCUAAGCCUAAUGUUAAGCUAGUGACAGAUGACAGGUCCCGUUAAAAGGAAGUUAAUGAUUAAAAGGAGCAGCCCGCAGCCACCCAACAAUAUUUGUUGGCACCCACAAUGGGUCUUGUAUUUGUUAUGCAAUCGAUUGACUAAGUACAUACAUAAGUGUCAGCUUUAAUAAUUUAGUGAACGUGUCUUAAUCUAAGUCAAGCCACACACACAAGCACACCCACAAGAACACACAACACACACACUCCGUUGACUGUGAACCGAUUGAAAUCUCUUUAAUCUCAAAUCGAUGUCUGAAACUCCCAAUCUAAAUUGAAACCCUUGCUAGAAUGCAAUCAAUCAUAAACAUUUCUUAAGCCCACAAUUCCAGAUGCUAUCAUCAUAGAGUCGGGAACAGUGCUUUAUAAAAGCAACUUCCAGUCCAUCAUAUAUUUUUUGAAUAGCCACGUAAUAUCAUCUUUGAGAAGUUCAACACCUGCUAGUAAGAAUAUUCUAACAUUUCUAUAUUUUAAAUCUUGAGUAGCACUGUCCCUCAGUCAUUAACUUCUCCAACUGCAAUACUUUCUUCGACCUAGAUACCUUGUUGCACCAUAUCAUGCCACACACCUGCCAAAAAGCGCACAGUCCGCGGCUGCAAUGUUGGAUUGCCCGCGAACAAGCCUCCAGCCAGGGUCAGGGUACAAGAAAGAAAAUCCUGACCCCGGCUUGGGUAUAGCGAUUUAAACUACCAGUGCCUUAUUAACCAUCAAAUCGAGUAUCUCAGAAGCACACACCACUCCUCCCAGGAUCCCGAAAGUAGAUCAUUCGAAACACACCCCCACAUCGUAUGCGUCAAAAUUAUUGUUCAAGGUUUGUUGUUAGUUAAAAAUCGUAAUGUCGAGAGACGAGAAUCGUUGAUCUGGCCCAUUCCGAGCGAGCAAUCCUUUUACAAUUCCAACCACCAUGCUAAAUUAUGUCGAACCCUACAACUAUGAACCGCACUGCAUUCAAAUCGAUCGCCACCACCUGGAGUACGUAUUGAAGAGUAUAGCUAUUUGAUCUGUAAGCACUCCUGCAGAACCCAUCCUACUGUCCAAAGACUACACUGAUAGAAACCGAAAUUACUGGGGAACGUAGUCGGUGAAAUGGUGCACUCCUACGUAGAAGACAGACCAUGCCAGGCCAUGGUCCGAUAAACAAAUAUUUAAAAGAAUCUAGUACUUUUUGAUAUAAGAGAUACAAGGUGAUAUAAUUACAAUUUUUGAAAAACACACGAUACAUAGAAUUGUUACAAAAUAUUUGGAAAGUAUCUGAAAAUGACAUCCACCAAAGAAAAUGCUCAGAAAUCAGGCAGGUUAUUUUAAAAAUCAAAAAAAGGUGACUAUCAUACAUGUAAUUGGUAAAG